GAAAUACGUCAUAGAAGUGGAACUGGGUCUUUGGGAGUUUCGCGCGCGUUCUCCAAACCUGCUUGUCUGUCAGACUAACGAUAUUUUGUUGAUAUUUGAUAUUGCUGAACGCUUCGGUGGAUGACCAGAACCUCUCAUCUUAAAAUGACAUCUGCAGACUAUGAACCGGCUUCUUUACCCGAUUUGUUGCCACUCUACUACCGACGACUGUUUCCUUUCUCUCAGUAUUAUCGUUGGCUGAAUUAUGGCGGAGUUCAGAAGAACUACUUUCAGCAUCGAGAGUUCUCGUUCACUUUAAAAGAUGACAUCUACGUCCGCUACCAAUCCUUCAAUACGCAGAAUGAGCUGGAGAAAGAGAUGCAGAAGAUGAACCCCUACAAGAUUGACAUAGGCGCAGUAUACAGUCACAGGCCCAAUCAACACAACACGGUGAAGUCUGGGACCUUCCAAGCUCUGGAGAAGGAGUUGGUGUUUGAUAUUGAUAUGACUGACUAUGAUGACGUGCGGAGUUGCUGCAGUGCGGCUGACAUUUGCCCCAAGUGCUGGACCCUGAUGACAAUUGCCAUCCGUAUCUUGGACCGAGCUCUUCGGGAGGACUUUGGAUUCCGACACCUUCUGUGGGUGUACUCUGGAAGGAGAGGAGUGCAUUGUUGGGUGUGUGACGAGGCAGCAAGGAAGCUGUCUGUAGCGGCCCGCUCGGCUAUUGCCGAAUACCUCAGCCUGGUGAAGGGAGGCGAUGAAACUGUUCGGAAAGUAGUCUUGUCAGAUCCAAUUCACCCCUCCAUCCGAGAUGCUCUGAAAGUGGUAGAGCACUACUUCCCACAGUAUGCACUACAUGACCAGGCGGUCUUGGGACUCAAGGAAUCUGUUGACAAAGUGUUGGCCCUGGUCCCUGAAGAUGUUAGAAAGGAUUUACACACAUACUUUGAGUCUGAGAAGAACCCAGAGAAGCGCUGGGGCCUGCUGAGGGGCUGCGCAACAACCAAACAGGGCACCCUGAAGAAGGGCCAGCACUUUGAGAAAGAGAUCAUGCUGCAGUACUGCUACCCUCGGCUCGAUGUGAAUGUCAGCAAAGGGGUUAACCAUUUGUUGAAGAGCCCCUUCAGUGUUCAUCCCAAAACGGGGCGCAUCUCCGUUCCCAUUGACCUUAGGCAAUUGGAUAAGUUUGAUCCGUUUGAUGUACCCACAAUCAGUCUUAUUUGCGCGGAACUGGAUCGACCCAGGGUGGGGGAGGAGGAAGAGCAGGUGCCUAAGGAGAAGGACAGUGAUAUAGAUGCAGCGGAGAGACGAAGGAUUAGAGAUUACAAACGGACGAGCCUAGCAAAAUACGUGAAGGUUUUGGAUCAGUUCCUGGACGGAGUGGCCCUGUCCAACAGAGGAGAACUGCUGAAGAAGAGUGAUCUUCAAAAGGAUUUCUGAUUGACCCUCACCCAUCCGCGUCACCAAUAAAAUUCCAUGCAUCUUGUUGUAUAGAUCAUAUUUGUUAUAAAUUGUUUUGUUGCUUUUUUCUACCACAUAAAUACUGAAUACACGUCCUGUAUCAUUGUUGUUCUUGUUUUACUUGUGGAUGGUUUUACGGACAUGUGUUUAUACACAGCAUUCUAACAUUGCAUUUUUUUUAAAUGUGGUACUGGAACACUUAAAUGAAAUCCUACAUACAGUAAACCAAAAAAAUAUCAUUGUAUUGACAAGAUCUCUUAGUUGAAACCUUGUUUAAACAGCUCUUUAUCAUGCGGUAUUGGACGACUACAACAACUCAACCUAGUAUCCUCAAAGCAUGUUAAUGUUCUGUCUUGGAAAUAUUAAUCGUAGCUAUAAUAUCAAAUGAUAUAUAAAUUACAGUAACCUUGUUUUUGUAAUUACUAGUCAAUUGAUAAGUCAUGUGUAUGCAUUCUCCCUGAACCUAGAGAUACCUCCCUUCCUCUAAUUGAAAGGUAUUCAGGUGGUUUGCAUUAGCAUUGCCACUGUAGCCACAAAGUCUAAUACUGGGGCAUGCCAAUCUACUGACUUAUUUUGUUAAGAUUCUUUUAACUGUCUUGCUGACAUGACUGUCCACUUCCCCCAUAGUGUAUUACAAAUUAACUUUUAAUCUCGCCUGCCACGGCUGAAUUCAGCCAUCACCAAUCCUAAACUCUUCACGAUGGUCACUCUCCCCCUCACCUUUGUUUUGUUACUGCCCACGAUGUUUUGUUACUGCCCACAAUGAAUCAUGCACAUCCAUUGUCUCAUUGAAUAAAUGCUUGGUCAAUUGCUGCCUGU